UUCUUCAUCAUUAACUGUGAUGUAAUUCGAUCUUUCAUGACAUAGUAUACCUUCCGACAGGUAGCAAGCAAUGGAAACGAGAGGCCCGGAGAAAUAUGUAUCGUCUUACAGCAGGUCUGAUGUUGCACGGUAAAUACAAUUGGAUUAUUAAUUUGAUUUUCGUUACAAGUGCUGACACCUAUAGUGACAGAACAACCAAGUAAUUUGAUACAUUUAACAAGAUUAUAACAAUAUUGAUACAGUAUCAAUGAUUCCAGUGAAAUUUUAUCGCCAUUACAACAAUGUGUAAAAGAAGACACUUUGAAUUUGCAAUUCCAUUUGAAAACAGCGAACCAAGGAUCCUCAGAAUACUAUAUGAAAUAAAGCCAGAAUGGUCUGGAAAGAAACUAAAGUUUACGAAAUUUACCGAAGGCAUUAGCAACAAAUUAUUUGGCUGCAUGUUGCAAAAUGGUUCAGAGAGCGAUCUUAUAAUGUUCAGACUAUAUGGAAAUCAAACUGAAUUAUUCAUCGAUAGAAAGCAAGAGCUAAUAAAUGUGGAGUUUCUACACUCGCAGGGAUAUGCUCCUAAAUUGUAUGGCACCUUUGAGAACGGAUAUUGCUGUGGCUUCAUUCCUGGUCGAACACUGGAAACAGAGGAAAUGUCGGACAAGCAUUUCAGUGAACUGAUUGCCAAGAAAUUAGCCCACGUUCACGCGAUAGAGUUGCCAAGCGAUUUUGAAACUAGCGAACCUUGUGUUUUUAAAAUGAUUGGGAAGUUUCUUAGUGUUCUGCCUGAGAGAUUCGAAGAUGAUUUGAAACAGGAAAGGUAUGAAAAGGAAAUUCUCAAUAAGAUAAAUGUGGUGGAUGAACUGAAACUUCUCAAAGACCUGCUUAGUGAAGCUGAUGUGCCACUUAGUUACAGUCAUAAUGAUUUACUAGUCAAGAAUAUCAUAUACAACAAGGAUGAAGGAGUUCUUUCGCCUUGCGCCCGGCGCUCAUUCCACCCCAGUGGAGGUACCAGUGAGUUUGCGAGCACAGCUGACCUGCUAUAUUUAACGGAUUACACCAACUCUUUGCUAUUUCACAGCCUCGCCAAAUUUACUGACGGACAUAUUCAGCAUCGCAACGCAGAUUUUUGGAGUUUUGCUAUUGGUCGAGCCUUAUUCACGACGGCGGUUCACCUCUACCAGCCAGCGAACACACGCUUAUGUUGUUCGCCGCGCACUUAUCUCGUUCUCUUAAAGCCAGUUCCAUUAAAGUAUAUCUCUCUGGAGUUCGGUCUUUGCACAUUGAACACGGUUUCAGAAACCCCCUAGAGAACUGCUUUCGUCUGGAACGAGUGCUGCGGGGCAUAAAGAGAUUACAAGGGACUGGGACUCAAAAACGUUUACCUAUUACGAUUUCGGUUUUACGAAAACUGUAUCAGCUAAUCGACCAGACAAAGUAUAUGGACGCGUUAUUUUGGGCCGCUUGUUUGACAGGCUUUUUUGGCUUUCUGCGGUACGGCGAGUUCACAACACACUCAUCGCGCUUUGAUACUAAUCUCAAUUUGUCCUUGAACGACAUAUCCAAGUUGAUAAGCGCAUUAACCCUACGGUGGUAUUAAUCAAUAUUAAAGUGUCCAGAACGGAUCAGUUUUUAAGGGUCACGUUGUGCGUAUUGGUGCAUCCCGGGCGAAAAUUUGCGCCGUGCAAGCCCUGAUGAGUUAUCUUCAUCUUCGAGGCAAUAGUCCAGGACCUUUAUUCGCCCUUCCAAACGGACAACCUUUAUCGCGUGACAAGUUUUGUACUUGGCUCAAAGAUGCGAUGUUACGUAUCGGUGAAACCGGACAUUAUUCCGGACAUAGUUUUCGAAUUGGCGCCACAACCACAGCCGCCGCAGUUGGUAUUCCUGACCAUUUGAUUAAAACACUUGGCCGCUGGAUUUGUGAUGCAUAUCAAUUGUAUAUGUGCACCUGCGGCAACCCUAGAGGGCGUAGCUUCCCGUUUGGCAGUUUAACACGCACCUUGUCAACACCUUUUGACAUAAACACGAAGUUUUAUACAUGCACUGCACUAGUUGUUGUUAAUGUAUUCUUUGGGUUGUAAAUAGUAAUAAUUGUGGUAUUAAAAAUGAAAAAAAAAUAUUGAACGAAAUUCUGUCUAAUCGAUCGUCUUUUCCGUUAGUAUGCGUCGGUCGUUGUCGUGCCCGACGUUUUCUUUUGCCGCCAGCGCCUCACACCUCACACCAUUUUGCGCCUAUAUCGUGUGCGUUUGUCGUUCCUGUGGUCGUUCGUUUCCAACGACAGCGCAUUAUUUUUGCAAAUCUAUCUUAGGUUUCCGCAGAUAGUACAGUUUGUCGUUUGUAUCCAACGAAAGCGCAUUAUUUUAGCAAAUCUAUCUUGCGUUCCCGCAGGUAGUACGGUUUGCCGUUUGUAUCCAACGACAGCGCAUUAUUUUAGCAAAUCUAUCUUGCGUUCCCACAGAUAGUACGGUUUGUCGUUUGUAUCCAACGAAAGCGCAUUAUUUCAGCAAAUCUAUCUUGCGUUCCCGCAGGUAGUACGGUUUGUCGUUUAUAUCCAACGACAGCGCAUUAUUUUAGCAAAUCUAUCUUGCGAUCCCGCAGAUAGUACGGUAUGUCGUUUGUAUCCAACAACAGCGCGUUAUUCUGGCCAAUCUGUUUGUGUCAUCUUCUGGCCAGCGUCCAUAGCCCGCGCUUCGCUAGCUCGGUACUUGGAUGGGUGAUGCUUGCAGCAUCUUUUGGUUGGCAUGGAUCUUUCCUUAAUCCAAGUACCAGUGCUAGUUUCAAGGCCACCUGCGACCUUGCCUCGUUCUCGGGCCACCUCGGACUACAGCUUCCACCUAACCUUCCAAAUUGGUAAGUAAGCAGCGGGGACUAGGGUUAACCUAGAUAUUAAAACAUGGGACGCUAAACGCCAUCUUUGAAGCCAAAUUUGAAGGGGCGGUUUUCUGAGUUUUUGAACGUUUGAGACAGACUUAGAGAGUAAUUAUCUUGGAAUAUCUAGAACUAUGCAGAGGAAUUACAAUAAUUUGCUAAUUUUUGUAAAUUAAAGUUACAACGAGAAACAGUCAAAAAUUUGUUUUUGAUACAAACUCAGUGUCUCUUUUUAACAAAUGCAGAAUAUUGAUACUACGUUUACACUACUCCGGAUCGGUCCGAAAACGGUGCAAAAAACUAUCAAAGCGGGAUUCCAUUUACACCGCACCGGAGCGGAUUUGUUCGAAACCAUCACCUUUGCCGCAGCGCCACGACCACACUUUCUAAACGUGGUUGAACGAAAACGGAGCGCUACAUGGCGUUGUGUAAACACUGCACCGUUAAUAUUUCGCUGCACUUUAUUACCAGUCCCUUACGAUGGGUCAGUGAUAAUAUCAUUUAGAAUUCUCAUCUGAUCACACUGUUCCUUGUCUGAUUUUUUUAUUUCCGUAUAUAUUUCUCUUUUCAAAGCCAUGUCCUCUUUAGCCACAUCGAGUAAUGCUUUUUCCAUAGGUACUUUUUCAAUAAUUUUGAAUUUCGUUCGUUUACAAUAGUCAAUACGAUCAACCACAAUUUCUUCUUUUCAAACGAUUUGUGGCAGUCGCUUCUUUAUCAGUUUCCCCUUCGCCAUAAUCUUCACCAUGCUCUUCUUCUCUCUUCAAGUAGCGUUCAUCUAUAUUAUCAUGUACUGGAUCCUGCGACAAGAUGUCCGAUGUUUCUAUACAAUUGUCUAUCAUUUCCGCAGCAGGGCUCCCUCCCCAAAUAUUCUAGCAAGAAUCGUAAAAUGUCGCUACCACGCGACCUCCUCCGCUUUUUUUUUCCAGACUCGACUGCUUUUCUAUAUACUUCAACCGAAUAGCUUUUACUUUUGUCUGAAUCCUCGAUUUGAUAAAAUCUUUUUCAGGAUUUGCCUUGGGAAAACUUUGGCUACAUUCAUUUGGAUAGCCUUUUACUAACAACGCAUUGAUGCUUUCGUAUUUAGUUUUUACAGACCCCCAAUCGUAUCCCUCUGCUUCUCUAUCUGCCUUAAAAUGUAAAAUAACUCCUAAAAGUAACUCAAUCUCGUCUUCAGUCAAUACAAAAUUUACAUUUUUCUCGCUUCCCGUGGCUACAGAUAUGAAAAAUACACUGGUAAAAUAGCAACGUGAACAACGCAGUGGAACAACGUGUCGACAAGAGUCAAGAAAUGGCGCAAUUUUUCGCGAAAACGUUAACUCACGAAUGUUGACAGUGAAUGACGAUUAUGUGUAAACAAACGCCCACGAAACCGCACCGGAAUUCAAAGGGAUAAGUGUAAACGCAGUCAAAUUCUGCCGUCAAAUUUUCGCUCCGGAGUAGUGUAAACGUAGUCUGAGAAGUAACCUUUCCUGAGAGACGACAAUACACACGAAAUAUUUAAUAAAAUCUAUCGUUUAAAUUUUAUAUAAUCGUUGGAUUGCACUUCCACAACUUGAUUAAUAAAGAGAAGGCAACGUUUUCUACAUAAAAGCGAUGUUAAUUUUUACCACCACUUCCUCUGUUGUCAAAUCAUGGUUUCAGCAACAACAUUUUGAAUUAUCUCAUCAUUAAUAUCUGCAAUUUUAGCUCGUACCAGUCGGCAAAGACGAUCGUCUGACAUUGGUGAUACGCGUGGUCU